UUUACAAAUUGGUUGGAAGCUUCCUUUUCGUCGUUUUGCCGUGACGGUGACACGUAUUGUUCUGUCAGAAACUUCACACGUCGUUUAACUAAUAUCUCACUCAAGAAUUUGUAGUAAGCAAUGUCACCACAAACAGUUAAGCUCAAUAAUGGGCUGGAGAUCCCAAUUUUUGGGCUGGGAACUUGGAAGUCAAACCCUGGCGAAGUCACACAGGCAGUAGAAGAUGCUAUCGAUGCAGGUUAUCGUCACAUCGAUUGUGCCUUCAUAUAUCAGAAUGAAAAGGAAAUCGGCGUAGCCCUUGCCAAGAAAUUCAAGGAAGGCAAAAUUAAACGAGAAGACAUUUUCGUUACAAGUAAAUUAUGGAACGCUUUCCACUCACCUCAUUUAGUGGAAGGUGCCCUGAGACAAUCCCUUCAAAAUUUAGGAUUGGAUUAUCUCGAUUUAUAUCUAAUACAUUGGCCCAUUGGUUUUAAGGAAGGAGGCGAAUUGUUUCCCAUUGAUGCUGAUGGUAAAAUGCAAUUCAGUAACGUGGAUUAUGUGGAUACCUGGAGGGCCAUGGAAAAAUUAGUGCAACAAGGACUCGUAAAAUCAAUCGGCUUAUCCAAUUUCAAUAAACGUCAAAUUGAAGAUAUAUUAAAAGUGGCCAAAUUCCCCCUGCCAUGAAUCAAGUACGUAAAAUAUAUGUAUCUU